UUUGAUAUGAGAAGCUUAUCAUUUAAUCAAAUAUAAGUUGCAUAAUGAUUAGGUUGCUACGAGUGUACUGAUGUAGCCUAAGUGUAAUGCACGUAACAUUCCGGCAACUUUGUGAAAAACAUUUUUAUAUGGGAGUUGUUGUUCACAGGCGUACCUGCCCUCUCAUUGGCUAGAAUGUUCCCACCUGAUCGCGCAUCCUCCCGCCUGCUUUUAGCCUUUGCGGACAUGUAUUUCCAUCGUUAGAGCGGUCAGUCAACCAUCUUGUCAAUAUAAUUGAUCCUCUUUUCUUACGUUCAUUGUUUGUAAGACACUGGGGAAGAAGAGCGCGAUACACAUUUCAUAGCGCAAAUGUAAAACAUUCGCCAAUAGACAUUUAGAAGGUUUUCUAUAAUAUAUCAUGUCCAGAUGCUGGGUUAGCGAGGAAGAUUCAGACGGAGUUACUCUCUUCCUGCUAUAUUGUAGCCAAUCACAUUGCAACAUAGUAGCCAAUAAUAUUAUAAUCAGACUAGCAGUAAGGUUAUUGUAGCAACAUGAAGCCUCAGUCAAAAACUAACACAGGGAUCAAAAGGGAGACUUCAAUGUCAGCCCAAGCUCGCCCCUCGAAAACCGCUGGAGAGGGUGAGGUAUCGCUCUCUUUCCAGGACGAACUGGCGGCGACGAUCCACGGUGCGUUCGAAGUGGCUGUGGAAAUUGCCGUAUUAGAAGUCACUAAACUGGUAGGUCAAGCGCUCGGGGAUGUCCGCGAUCAGAUGCACGAAACCCUACGGGAAAGCAAGUCUCUUAAACAACGCUUGCAAAAAACCGAGCAAGAGUUGAAUGCUGCGCGUCAAUGUGUGGAAACAACGAGAGGUGUAAGUCCGCAGGGACAGUUCUCGACAAGUCCUCUCUACAACAACAACUUAGCAAAGACUCAAAAGCAGUCAAAGGACAACGAAUUAAAUAUAAAGUCCUCAUAUUCAUUGGACGAAUAUGGAUAUGAAAUUGUGGAGGCAGAGGUCAGUAGUGAACGACAGAAAGACCAUGGUUCUUUCAGUGAAAUCAGCGAGGAUGGUCGGGUGUGUUCCCAAGACCUACACCCAGCUUCAAGAGAACAGUCUAUCCCUCAUCAUGACCUGCUUAAAGAAGUCGGGGAAGAGGCCUCCAGUUUGUGUAUGGACCACAAGGCAAGUGCAGAAAGCAUCAGUCAUAGUGGUCUAGAAACAACAUUUGGAGAUAAUGACCCAUCACCACUUCACGUAGUGGUCCAGAGCCUUGAGACGGAGCAAGUUAGAGUGAAGGAGGAGAACGGCUCUGGUUCCGGCUCUGGUUCUAGUUUUGACUCUGUGGUAAAAGAAGACUUCGGUCCUGAUAGUCUGUCUCUGGUUCAGUCCAAGAUGUUAGAGGAGUGGAAACCGGACCCUUUGGACUUACAGAUCUCUGACGCUCUGCUUCCUGGAACCAGCCAUAGUCUGUCUCACCCUCAUAUGGUCAACACAGAUGUUCCACAACUGACUGCCCCAACAGCCAGUGCCCUUCCAGCCUUCUCCUCCCAGUUCCCCAACAACCUCUUCCAACCAAGAGAGGCAGCAGCUCCCAUCAUCCCUGUUGCCCCACCUCAGAUCUAUGGAGUCCAGAUCAGAACCAACCCUAAUCCCACCAUCCCCCACCCCAACCCUAAUCCCACCAUCCCCCACCCCAGCCACAUCUGCAAACUCUGUGGCCAGGGCUUCCACCAGCCCAGCGAGCUCCGUAGACACCACACCCAGGCCCACCCCAAGCGUCAGGUCUUCCCCCCUGGCCAGAGCCCUUACCACUGCAGCGAGUGUGACCGGGAUUUCAACCGUCUGGAGAACCUGAAGACUCACCUGAGAAUCCACACUGGAGAGAGACCCUAUACCUGCUCGGUGUGCUCCAUGCGCUUUCGCCACUCGGGGGCGCUCACCCGGCAUUUCCGCAUACACACUGGGGAGAAGCCGUACGUCUGCGGUCAGUGCGGAAAGACAUUCCGGAACUGUGGGGGACUCCGGUUCCACCAGCGCUCCCAUAGUAGACAGGGACAGUGCUAGUGUAGCGAUGUAAGAGGGGGGGGGGGCAGCUUUGUGGAUACAGCAGGGCAAGCUCAUUGAUUCUUGAAGAAUAUAACUUUUUGAACAUAGUUACAUUUUCGUACACCUCAAAAUAUGAUCUUGUUUUACUCCGAUGUUUGAAAAACAAAGUUAAUGUAAACAAACAAACAGUGACUACCAUUGAAACAUGGUUAAACCUUUAGUUUUGAGAUCAUGGACCACCUGCAUCCAUAGCUCUAUGCAUUUGAGAGUGGUUUCAUUUCUCCAGCCCCGUCCCUCAGCUCUUAACGAAACAGUGGCGAGGAGUUCGCUUUGUUAUUGUUGUAACUGCUGAUUACUGCUUUAACACCAACCAGGUCUGUCAUUUCUCCCCCCUUUGUUGUUUUCUACAAAUGUCUUACACAAUGUGUGACUAAUUUUGUGACUAAAUUGCUCACUGUCAUGGCUCCCUAAACCCACUUCAUGGAAGAACCUCAUCGCAGUAAGGCAGCCACAGUGGUCCGGUAAUGGGUGUCUGGCUCUAUAGGCUCUCCCUGCUGGGCUGGGGAACACACACACACACACACACACACACAUAGAUGUUAACUUACUUACGAUACACUACCUGAUAUAAUCCCAGUGUUUCUGUUAUAUGAAUGGGGUUGAAGAAACCCCCUGCACAGAUAUGCACUUACAGCCCCUCAUUGGGUGGUCACUUCACCACAUGCAAUGCUGAAAUAGAAAGACCUGAUUCGCUGCUGCUGGUGUAAAUAUUUCCAAUUGAAUUGCCAUGAUCUCAGUGGUUCCUGAUGAUAUACUAGUGUAUUGCCUUAGUUAAACGCUAUCAACUUAAAAACAAAAAGAGUAGUUCCUUAUCUCUAUCACAACUACCCUUCUCAGUUGUAAUGGCUCCUCUUGUGGCAUCGUCUCUCUAGAUAACCUCCCUGUAUGUCUUUUUGCAGUAUCUUUUCCAUGUUGCCUAAUUGGGAGUUCUCGUUUCCUAUUUGGUAGUGUCCCCAAUACCCGCCCCUCCAUCACUGCUGAUUGACACAUAUCCGUCACCACCUGUCCCCUCCCUCCUCGUCCCAUUGGUCUCAUUAAAACCCUUCUCCUCCCU